CACCAAUUAAAGCUUAAAGAAUUUGUAAGAGUUCAACCAACUUUGGCAAGAUCUUUUCCGCAUUUCCAGCAAUUAUCAUAUGAUUUUCCUUAGCUCUAAUGCUCUAUAUUGCGCAGAAACCAUCAUUUAUCAUUUCGAAAACUACAGUUGCAAUUAGGCUGGCACUUGUUGCUACCGUUUGGAGCCAAUCAGCCCCACUUAGGUUUCGAAUUCAGAUCCGAUUCCAUUCCAACUCCCCAGUCUUCAAAACGACGUGGGCAUCGCGUAGACCCCACUUAACUAUAAAAGUUAUCGGGGUAUUUGUGAGCCGUUUCAGUUGUUCGAGGUUCGCAGUCGCAGCAGCACCAUAAAAGUUUACAUAUCUCCCGCACAUUCGCUACUCGGAUAAAUUAUGUAAAAUCGAAAACAACGCGAGAUAAAACACAAAGACACACGCGUUAGUUGGAAUUAAAUAUAGUUAUAUCGUAAACAGAACAAUCUCAUUUGUGAUCUGCACAACAAUGCAGCCCAAUGCAUUUCACAAGCUUUUACUAUUACUUCCGCUCGCCUAUCAACAUACAUCUAAUGAUGCCCGUGAUGAAUCACAUUGGAACUACGAGACGAACGGAAAGAAUUGGGGCGGAGUUUGUUCUUCGGGAGUCAGGCAAUCACCCAUUUCAUUGAAUGUUCAAAAAUCCCUCAUUGUGCCAUUGCCUCGGAUCGUUUUCGGAAACUAUGACAUAAAGUUGAAAGGGCCGCUCACCCUUCUCAAUAAUGGACAUACAGUUCACAUGGACAUACCCGAAACGACAAACGGCAAGAAACCCUUUAUCACCGGAGGUCUGUUGAAAGGUCGUUAUGUGGCCGAUGGUCUACACUUCCAUUGGGGAUCACCCGAUUCCCGGGGAUCUGAACAUUUGAUCAACCAGCAGCGCUUCGACGUGGAAAUGCACAUCGUCCAUCGGAAUGCUAAAUACCAAGAUAUCGAUGAGGCAGUUAAUCACAAAGAUGGAUUGGCUGUUAUUGCUGUCUUGUUAAAAAUUGUAAAGAAUCCCAAACUCAUAUUUCCGGGCCUAAACAAAGUUUUGGGUGCAUUGCCAAGAGUAACGAAGUAUUCGGCGAGAACAACCAUUCCGGGGGGCUUAAGCUUGGGUCAGAUGCUGGGGAAUGUGAAUCCCCGCGACUUCUUCACCUAUCGAGGAUCUCUGACCACGCCCAUUUGCCAGGAGGCCGUCACCUGGAGUGUGUUUUCGCAAGUCCUGCCCGUAUCCUAUUCAUCGGUAUCCAGAUUUUGGAAAUUGCGAGACUCAGAGGGCCACAGGCUAAUCAACAACUUCCGUGGUAUCCAACCGCGAAAUGGAAGACCGGUGUUCUAUAGAGUCGGAAAAGAUCUGAGUGGUGCUUACCUGGGAAAUUAUACCGUAUAUUCGCAUCGGAAUAAUUGUGUAAAUUUGAAAGCGACGCUAUAUAAAAAAACACGCGUGUGUUUGUUGGAAUUUAUUAUUAUUGUAGUAUCGUUAACAGAAGAACCACAUUUGCAAUUUACAACAAUGCAGCUAAAUGUUUUUCACAAGCUUUUACUUUUUCUACUGCUCGUUUAUCAGCAUACAUCAAAUGGUGCUGAUUGGAAUCACAAAACGAACGGGAGGAGUUGGAAAGGAAAAUGUGCCUCGGGAGAAAAACAAUCACCUAUUUUGUUGAGUGCGGAAAAAGCUCGAAUCUUGCUUAUGCCUCGGAUUGUUUUCGGAAACUAUCACGUUAAGUUGAGGGGACCGAUAUCCAUUACUAAUAAUGGACAUACAGUUCAAAUGGACAUCCCCGAAACGUCUAACGGACGGAAACCCUACAUAGUUGGUGGCACUCUAAAGGGCCGCUAUGUGGCCGACGGUCUACACUUUCAUUGGGGAUCCCCUGACUCCCGCGGAUCAGAGCAUUUAAUCAAUAAGCAAAAAUUCGACGUGGAAUUGCACAUUGUCCAUCGGAAUAUUAAAUACAUAGAUAUAAACAAGGCAGCCGCUAAAAAAGAUGGACUCGCUGUUGUUGCGGUCUUGUUUAAAAUUGUUGAGGAACCCAAACGCAUAUUUCCAGGCUUAAACAGAGUUAUGAAUGCAGUCGCAAAGAUUCAAAAAGAUGAAGCAAAAACGACUAUUCCGGGCGGAUUUACUUUGGAUCAGAUGAUUGGAAACGUGAAUCCGCAUGACUUUUUCACGUAUCGGGGAUCGUUGACCACGCCCCUCUGCCAGGAGGCGGUAACCUGGAUUGUGUUCUCCGAUGUCCUGCCCGUAUCCCAUUCAUCGGUAUCGAAGUUUUGGAAAUUGCGAGACCACGAGGAUCGCAUACUAAUCAACAAUUUCCGAAAAGUACAACAUUUAAACGGACGACAUAUAUUUCAUAGAGUUGGAAAGUUUGUAUGAGUCAUUAUUGCUUUUUUUUAAAUUAAUAAAUUAUUUACAUAAUUAAUAA